UAUAUUUUGCGCAUUUGGAGCCGGUAUUAUUGUCAGCCUUUGUCAGGUCAAUCCUUUGCUAAAAUGCCUUUCCAGUAUCCUCAAGCGUACCGUGACGAGGCGGUGGUUGAUGAUUACCAUGGCCAUAAGAUUCCAGACCCUUACAGCUGGCUGGAGGACCCAGACAGUGAGAAAACACAGGCGUUUGUGAAUGCGCAGAACCAGCUGACGCAGCCCUUUCUGGAGCAGUGUGAGAUCAGAGACAUCUUUAAGGAGAGAAUGACUGAACUGUAUGACUACCCCAAAUACAGCUGUCCCUUCAAGAGAGGGAGCAGGUAUUUCCACUUUUACAACACGGGCCUACAGAACCAGAGUGUGCUUUACAUGCAGGAGAACCUGGAAGCAGAACCGACCGUCUUUCUGGACCCAAACACCUUCUCUGAGGACGGAACAGUGGCUUUACGAGGUUACGCGUUCUCAGAGGACGGGGAGUACUUGGCGUACGGUAUCAGUGCAAGCGGAUCAGACUGGGUGGAGAUCCGCUUUAUACGUGUGGACGGAGCUGUCACUCUAGAGGACCGGUUGGAACGGGUCAAAUUCAGCUGUAUGUCAUGGACCCACGACGGGCGUGGUCUGUUUUAUAAUUCCUACCCUGACCAGGAGGGCAAGAGUGAUGGAACGGAGACAUGCACUAACCUCCAUCAGAAGCUCUAUUACCACGUGCUGGGGACGCCCCAGUCAGAAGACAUCCUGUGUGCCGAGUUCCCAGAUCAGCCCAAAUGGAUGAGUGGAGCUGAGGUGUCUGAUGAUGGGCGAUAUGUGUUGUUGUCCAUCAGAGAAGGGUGUGACCCAGUGAACAGGCUGUGGUACUGUGAUCUUCAAACCCUGCCUAAUGGCAUCACAGGCCUGUUGCCGUGGGUGAAGUUGAUUGACAACUUUGACGCUGAAUACGAGUACGUGACCAACGAGAGCACGGUGUUUACAUUUAAAACCAACCUGGACGCUCCGCGUUAUCGCCUGAUCAACAUCGACUUUACUCAGCCAGACACGAGCCAGUGGAAGGAGCUUCUGCCCCAGCAUGACAAGGAUGUCAUCGUGUUUGCCACCUGCACAUACUCUAGUUUUCUGUUUGUGUGUUUUCUGCACGAUGUGAAAAACGUGUUGAAGAUGUAUCGUCUGGCCACGGGGGAGGAGGUGAGAACCUUCCCACUGGACGUGGGCUCUGUGGUGGGUUUCACUGGCCGCAAGACAGACUCAGAGAUCUUCUACUACUUUACCUCCUUCCUUUCUCCAGCCAUCAUUUACCACUGUGACCUCACCAAAGAACCUCUGCAGCCACACGUCUUCAGAGAAGUCACAGUGAAAGGGUUCGACCCCACAGAAUACCAGACCACUCAGGUGUUUUACCCCAGUAAAGAUGGGACUCAGAUUCCUAUGUUUUUAGUCCAUAAAAAGGACCUUAAAAUGGAUGGAUCGCACCCUGCUUUUCUCUAUGGAUAUGGAGGAUUCAACAUCUCCAUCACACCCAGCUACAGCGUUUCCCGCCUCAUAUUUGUCAGACAUUUGGGUGGAGUCUUAGCUGUGGCCAACAUACGCGGAGGGGGAGAAUACGGAGAGACAUGGCAUAAAGCGGGGAUGCUGGCCAAUAAACAGAACUGCUUUACUGAUUUCCAGUGUGCAGCUGAGUAUCUGGUGAAAGAGGGUUACACAUCGCCCUCCAAACUCACCAUCAAUGGCGGGUCCAACGGUGGCCUGCUCGUGGCGGCAUGUGUGAACCAGAGACCAGACCUGUUUGGCUGUGCUGUAGCUCAGGUUGGAGUGAUGGACAUGCUGAAGUUUCAUAAAUUCACCAUUGGCCACGCCUGGACCACAGACUUUGGCUGCUCUGACAUCAAAGAACAGUUCGAUUGGCUUAUCAAGUAUUCUCCUCUCCAUAACAUUCAUAUCCCAGAGGUGGAGGGCGUGCAGUAUCCAUCAAUCAUGCUGUUGACCGGUGACCAUGACGACCGAGUGGUUCCACUCCACUCCCUCAAAUACAUUGCUACUCUGCAGCACGUGAUUGGACAAUGGCCCGGUCAAUCAAACCCUCUCUUUAUAUAUGUGGACACCAAAUCAGGGCACGGGGCGGGGAAACCCACCAGUAAGGUGAUCCAGGAGGUGGCAGACAUGUUUGCCUUCAUUGCCCGAUGCCUGAAUCUGUCCUGGAUCAAAUGAACAAGCUCACACUACUUCACUUUUAUUCCCACACUGCUCCCUCCUCCACCCACUCUACUGUUAUUGCCCCUCUCCUUCCCUUACCAGACUGUUCACUCUCUCUAUCUUCAAUCCUCUCUUCACUUCUCCACUGCGUCAUCCAGUUUACACCCCCCUUCCCCCGCUGCCUUCUUCUCCCCAGGCGUGCACAUACGUCAGUUUACCUUGUACCCCAGUCUGUUACCUAUCUCUACCCCUCAGUCUGAUCCACGUGCACUCACCCCACAGACAGGUGGGGCCUGAUUGGCUGAAUCCACUGCGGGUCCCGUGUGAUUUCAUAAUCAGCAAUGUUCACUUAUUAAUGGUUCCGUUAGUCAUAUGAUCUGAGAGCUGUGUGUGUGUGUGUGUGUGUGUGUGUGUGUGUGUGUGCGUGCACCAUUGACACCACAAGAGUCACAGUCGUGGUGUGCAGCACAGGGUCACAUGUCUUGACCUCUGAAUGAACCCCUUGUAUGACAGACUGUAUUUAUUGGGCAUUCAGAAGCAGAAUGAACAGUUGUGCUGUAGAUUGGUUUAAAAGAAUCCCUCAGUGUGUGUGUGUGUAUGUGUGUGUGGGAGAGAGAGAGUGGAUGAUCAUAUCCUUUGCAGUUUAACAUCAGUUUCUACCUCUGGAUUUAUGCAGAUUGUGUUGCUUGUGAAGAGAAAA